CCUGCAAAGCUGUCCCGCCCUCGGUGCGGCCCCACUUCUCGCGGACCUGGAAAGAUGGCGGAGCUGGACGUCGGGCAGCACUGCCAGUUGCUGCAAACGGACCUUGUGGAGUUCAGUGCGCCCUGCCCGAGGCCACAGAAUGCGUACUGCUGCGUCGUGGAGCUGGCACUCAUUUACCUGAUGACAUCUGAGGAGCUCUGGGAGCUGGAGCGAGAGGUUUAGGUCCCGGAGACCUAGAUUCCCAUCUGGCCUGCCUCUGCUGCCGGCAACGAGCCACUUUCCAAGACUUUUUGCUUACUUAUCCUUUACUCAUGUCAGACGAAGGAGAUUUUCUUCCAUUUGUAUGUGAUGGUUGUUCAGGAAUAUUUUGCCUCGAACACAGAAGCAAGGAAUCUCAUGAUUGUCCUGAGGUGACUGUAAUCAAUGUGAAACCAAAAAUAGAUACACAUGAAUCUUACCCAUGCUCAUUCAAGGACUGUGCUGAAAGAGAGCUUGUGGCAGUUAUAUGCCCUUAUUGUGAGAAGAAUUUUUGUCUAAGACACCGUCACCAGUCAGAUCAUGAGUGUGAAAAACUAGAGAUCCCAAAGCCUCGUAUGACUGCCACUCAAACACUUGUUCGAAACAUUAUCCAUUCCAAGUCAGGAGAGAGAACAAAUAAACGACUGGAAGGCACAAAAAAUAGUGUAACAGCUGCAAAGGUUGCACUAAUGAAAUUAAAGAUGCAUGCUGAUGGGGAUAAGUCAUUGCCGCAGGCAGAAAGAAUUUACUUUCAAGUUUUCUUACCUAAGGGGAGCAAAGACAAGAGCAAACCUAUGUUCUUUUGCCACCGAUGGAGCAUUGGAAAGGCCAUAGACUUUGCAGCUUCACUUGCCAGUCUUAAAAAUGACAAUAACAGAUUAGCAGCUAAGAAGUUAAGGUUGUGUCAUAUAUCUUCAGGAGAAGCCUUACCCUUGGAUCAUACUUUGGAAACCUGGCUUGCUAAGGAGGAUUGUCCUUUAUAUAAUGGUGGAAGUAUUAUUUUGGAAUAUCUAAAUGAUAAUGAACAGUCUUUAAAAAAUGUUGAUUCUUACUUAGAAUAGUCAAAGGCUAAGGCAGAAAUCACAAGGAAAAUACUAUGUACCUGUUUAGUCAGUUUCUUUCACCACAGAUACUAUUUAUUUUUUCAAAGUUGCUUUUUAAUGUAUUUCCAUUGUGUCAUAGUUUACAUUAUCAGUUUUCUAUUAACUUUGAUUUUUUGUGUUUUAAACUUUAUAUUAGUAAUUGUUAGCAAAUUCUUAUAUUUACUUAGCUUUUUUAUUAGUUUAUACUUUGGAAAUAUCAGUAUAGAUAUACUGAUAUAUACAUAUACAUACAUUUGGUUAAUGUCACCUAUUGCUUGGCUAUGGCAGUGAUCCAUGUCAUUUUCCCCUCAGGCUCUAAGCUGCAAAACAACCCCCUGUUAAGUACUUGUUAUGGUUUGUCUGUGUGUCCCCCUAAAGCCUCAUGCGGCCAUGGGGCAGGCUUUUAGAGUUGAUUGAGGUGUGAGAGCUAUACCCACCCUGGGGUGGAUAGUUUGCAUAGGUAAGGGAGAGGAAAAGAGUGCUUG